GCAACAUGUGACUAAGUGCUACUAAAAACAGCUUGAACUCUCUUCAAGCAAUCCUUUACACAAUGUUAUCCAGCUGAGGAAACCAACAGGACAUUUGAUCACACAAGUCCAGGAAUUGUUUGAAGGGAGCAAACCCGGAAACUGAUCAGCCAAACACAUUUCUCCUAAGGUUUACUCUCCUUGGAAUAACUAGGAGAUGAGCGCCUCUCUGACUUACCAGUCCUUGAGCAAAGAGCAGCAAACUAUGGAUAACUUGGAGAAACAACUAAUAUGUCCAAUAUGUUUGGAAAUGUUCUCCAAGCCUGUGGUCAUACUUCCUUGUCAGCAUAAUCUAUGUAGGAAAUGUGCCAGCGACAUUUUCCAGGCCUCCAAUCCAUAUUUACCAACACGGGGAGGAAAUACUGUGGCUACCGGAGGUCGUUUCCGCUGCCCAUCGUGCAGACAUGAAGUAGUCUUGGACAGACAUGGGGUGUAUGGAUUACAGAGAAAUCUACUUGUUGAAAAUAUCAUUGAUAUUUACAAACAGGAAUCAACUAAAUCUACAAGGCCUGAAAGGAAAUCCAACCAACCAAUAUGUGAAGAACACGAAGAUGAAAAAAUUAACAUUUAUUGUCUGAAUUGUGAAGUGCCGACAUGCUCCAUGUGCAAAGUGUUUGGGGCUCAUAAGAACUGUGAAGUUGCCCCUCUUGCUCAUGUAUUCCAGGGUCAAAAGUCGGAGCUGUCGGAUGGCAUUGCUAUACUGGUUGGAUGCAAUGACCGGAUUCAAGCAGUGAUAAGCCAACUAGAAGAAACUUGUAAAACUGUAGAGGAAAACUGCAGACGGCAGAAAGAACAGCUGUGUGAGAAAUUUGAUUAUUUAUACGCCAUUCUUGAAGAAAGGAAAGGUGAGCUGACCCAGGUUAUAACUAGAGACCAAGAGGAGAGGCUUGAACAUGUGAAGUCUUUAGUGAAGAAGUAUGGAGAACAUAUGGAAAUGGUUGCAAAGUUGGUGGAAUCAGGGAUUCAGUUUAUGGAAGAGCCUGAAAUGGCACUGUUCCUCCAAAACUCUAAAGGGUUGCUACAAAAAAUAACUGAAGCAUCCAGAGGAUUCCAAAUGGAAAAGAUUGAGUCCGGAUAUGAAACUAUGAAUCACUUUACAGUGGACCUUAACAGAGAAGAACGCAUCAUUCGUGAAAUUGACUUCUAUAGGGAAGAUGAAGAGGAGGAAGAGGAAGCAGGAGAAGGUGAGGAUGCUGAGGACGUUCAUACGGAGUCUUCUGGUGAAGAGGACCCAUCAGAGCAAAUGACUCCUAAUCCUCUGUCUACACCUGAGACCACAACAACAACCACAAGCUCCACUGAGGAACAAACCCAAUCUGAGGCAGCAGAUCUGCCAGAUCACAGUUCCCCCGUCCCACAAGGUGGUGUUGAGCCAACUGGUAUUCAACAGACUCCUAAUGUUCAAGUGCUCACUGCUGCGGAAACCCCAGAUAACUUGUUUUACCCUUCCUGGUAUAAGAGCCAAGUACAGCAACAAUUCAAACCAAACAAGGUCCUGUUGAGUGAUGCUAUGGGUCAAGUAGGUCCUUCCGUUCCCAAGGAAAUGACUGUAAGGAAAGUUGACCCAGCAGCAGGAACCCUAAAGGAUCAUGUGGCAGUGGCUGGUAAGGAAACCAGCUCAUCUGCAGAUAUCCCGCAGACUGGGUCUGAGCUCUCAGUUCAGGGAGACGCACGGGAGACUGUAGGAUCUAAUCAGACCGACAACCCAGAUGCGUCACAACACGUCUUCUCCUUCUCUUGGCUCAAUUCACUGCCUCAGUGAUAUCCUCACUAGGAGAAACUUCUGUUGCCUAUCAGUAUUACGUAUCUCAUACAUCCAAAGUGCAAAUCCAGGAGCAUCUCCCUCUGUAUUCAGCCCUUUGUAUUCUUCUCCUCGUGUCUUUGUAUUGUGUAUUUAUCCUCACACAUCAUACUGACAGGAAACAGUGGUACAAUCAGCCUUCGGAGUGCCUGCGACUGACCUUGAUGACCACAAUGAAAUGAAACGAGUAUAGUCAACAUGAAGUGUAACAUAUGAAGCAAUUUACUCAGAUCUUGGGAUCCAAAUAUGACUUUCCAGCUGGCUCCAGCAUAAUUCCAUGAACCCUGCUAUGUGACCCCCUCUCAAUAUCAGCUGAGUACAGUGUGUAUAUCCGCUGUUAUUGCACCACUUGCCGGGUACAAUGAGGGGUAACAAGUGCUAUAAGGAAUUCAGUAACUACUGUAGCAGAAAUUGUGCCUGGCAAAAUAACAUGCUGAUUUUUAAGAGAUAAAAGCUGUAGUCAGUUAUUUCACUGAAGCCUGGAUUCUAAACUUGAAGUGGUCUGUAAAACACAACAGUAUCUUACACUUAAGUAACAUGUAGCUCUCUAGCCAUUGUGAGACUACAAGUUCCAGCAUACCUUGGCUGUCAGUUGUUCCAUGACAGUUUGGAAUAAAGAAAUAUUCACUGCAGAUCAAAAUAUAGUUUUAAAGUAUUUGAAAAACAAAGUUAGGCAAAUAUAUAUAUAUAUAUAUAUAUAUAUAUAUAUCGCCUAAGAGGUUUAAUAUAUGUAAUAAAAUAGACUUGAUGCUCUCAUCGUUUACGUCACCUCUGCAAUCCAUGUGAACUGAUUUCGAUAUUUUGGAUAAUUUGGAACUAGUUGACUUUGAAAGAAGUUCAAACGCCUUGUCCAUCACUUGAGUCUGUGUGUGUCUGACCACAUUAAUUCCUUCAUGAUAGCGCAUUUUACAUUAUUCUGUGAACACCAAUGUUAGAAACCAGUAUACCCAGCAUAAGAGAGGGGACAGCCACUCCCCUACAAUGAAGGAAAACGUAAAACAAUCCCUAAUGUAUAUUAUGAGUUGACAUACAAUUUACAUUUCUCUAAUCCUAAUCCUUCAAAUGGAUGUAAGGAGGUGUUCAAUUAAAUCUAAUUGCUGCACUUUGCACGCAAAUGUAGGACCAUCUACGUCUAAUUAAGUGAAGAAAAAACCUCCCCAAAGCAAUUAAAAUGGACAGAUGUAGCUUUGCAGAUUUUAUUAAAAAUAUAGAUAUUAAACAUUAUGUUUACACACCAAUGUUGUGCGAGCUCUGAAAAGAUGUUUUUUUAUUAUGGAAAUGUAUACAAUAAACUUUUGAUGCAAAAUAAA